GUUCAGUAUCAGUAGGCCUUGAUUCCUAUAACAUCCAUCUCUCAGUUUAGGGUGCAUUUGUAGUAACUAUGGAGUCCAGACUUAGUGCUUCCACCUCCAGCUUGAUCUCCACCACAACGCUUGUCUCUGAAGGAAAAGCAAUGCCCCGAGGUAACGAUAUGAGCUCCAAGAUCAAAGAGGAUCCGGCACAGCAAAAGAAGUCCAAGCAGAGCAAGACAAAGAGCACAUCUACCGGCAAAGGAACUACCACCGACUUCGAACAGUGCAGGGCCAAAAUACUACAGCAGCAGCGGGCGGAUCUGCUGUGGAGAACAUUCACGGAUGAGGAGUACUCCGACUGGGAAACGUUCAGGGACAACGAUUAUCAGGUGCCGCUGCGCUCGGUGUUCUCCUACGUGCAGUUGAAACCCAUUCCCGGUUUGCUCCUCAAUGUGCCGCCCAAGAAACCGGGACCGCAAGUGGUGGCCGAGAUGAUGAAGGGCAACCAUGGCGCCUUGGCCCGCAUUCGGAUCGGAGAGCACAGGUUCAGGUGCAUACCCAGCCUGCUGAAGUGCUUCUCGGUGUGGUUUGGUAGUCGCGACUGGCGCCUAACCCGCUUCAAGUUCCUGGAGCAGGAGGUGCCUGCCCGCGGCUUUGAGGUCGCCUACGAGUGGAUGCGCACCGAGAAGCUGCCCGCCUUCGAGUUGCUGGUGCCCGCACUCCAAGUAGCCCGCCACCUGGGCGUAAGCCUGCUGGAGAAGGAAAUCUGGAGGAUGUUGUCUGGUGACUCGGUGCGCGAAAAGAGUGCCUUCCUGAUCUAUCUGGAGGCCAAGCCACAACCUGCGCUAGGAGAGCUCUGCGAGACGAUGGUGCGCCGGCUGAGAAGAUACUUUCUGGCCCUGGUGGGCAGUCCACAUUUUCUGCAACUGCAAGUGGAGAUUCUGGAAAUGAUACUGCGCCAGGACACAAUCGGCGUCAACUCGGAGAUGGAGGUCUUCUUUGCCGUGCUGCGCUGGCUGGGACACUCUGGCGACUUGAAUCGACUGACGCACAUGGGCCGCCUGAUGAAGUGCGUCCGUUUCCACCACAUGCCGAUGACUUUUUUGUUUAGUCUGCGCGAGUCCUGCAAUCGGCCGGACAAGAAGGAACUUUUUCGUGGAGAUCCCGUGCUGCUGGCCUUCAAUUCGGACUCGGAGACAAUGGUCACGCUGGAGCGCGCCAUAUCCUUCAUCGGUGUGCGCAGCCAGUACGAGGACAUCGAGGAGUUCCUGGCCGACUGCGGGAGGCACCACAUGGACGUGGUCUACCCGCGUCGCUGGGUCUAUCACAUCAAGUGCCCCUAUCACCUGCGUAGCGUGGAUUUCCCAUACCAGCACCGCUUUACAGCCUCGGAAUUUAGCAGCUACAUCGCCAGCAUCCAGAAGGAAUGGGAUGGCAAGGGGCCGGCGGACCACGGAAGGUCGCUGGUUAUCGAAUUGGAGCUGGAUCCAAUGCUAAGCAGGGUUGAGCGGAGACUCAAUUGGCCCAUGGAUCAGUCAGAUAGAAACCGCAAUCGACAAACUGAAAUAUGCCCGCAUAGCCCAUCGAUAUGGUAAUUAUCUAUUUUACAAUGUGAGCGACGAAGCGAUGAACCGUGACACUCCCGCAUAUUUGUUUGCCAAAUCUGGCAGUGCCACCACGCAUGUGAAGGAUAUUCGUCCUUCGGUUGUGUCGGUAUUGGAAAAUCUGGCUUAUUUGCAUGCAAAUCAGCUGCGAACGCAUUUAAAUUGGAUAGCAGAAAGCCGCUGCAGGGAUUUGUCUUUGCUUAAUGCGAAAUUAAAAUGAAAUCCAUUUCGCAGACGAAUGAAAUUCAAAUGGGAUUAGUGAAGAUUUUGUCAUCCACUUUGGCCAGUAUCCUGGCGCAAUUUCCAUCUCACCUGACGGACUCGUUACAAUAAAAAUAUAAAUUAUAAAAUUCAAAAA